AUGGAGACGGCACGGACGACAACUGCCGAGUGUGCACGCGAGCUAACCUGGUGCGGCCGCGAUCCCGGUCACCAUGAAGACACUGUUCUACCUCAUCAUCUUCUGCAUGGUUGCGUCAACGGUUAUGGCUGGCUACGGAUAUGGGCUUGGCUAUGGCCUCGGUGGCUACGGGCUUGGCUACGGACUUGGUUAUGGCCUUGGAGGAUACGGACUCGGAGGAUACGGCUUGGGCUUUGGCAGAGGCUAUGGUCUUGGAUACGGCGGCUACGGGCUCGGCUACGGAGGCUACGGAGGCUACGGUGGAGGAUAUGGCCGCGUCGGCUAUGGACGCGGCUACUACUACGGAUAGCAGUCAUGCGACGCGCCCAUCGCCACCUGUACAAUUCUGAGCCAAAAUACAUGUCACAG